UGAAAGAUCUUCAAGCCUUUCCUUAUUUCUUAUUAUAUUUCAGUUGUAGUUAAGAAAAUCCUGGUUAAAAUUCAUUAAAAAAAGAAGAAAAAAAUGAGCGGAGCUAAUCGUGAAGCAAUACAAAUGCAAAUCCAUCAAGAUUGGGCUAAUCGUGAAUAUAUUGAAGUGAUUACAGCCAGUAUAAAACGUAUCACGGAUUUUCUGAACUCUUUUGAUAUGUCAUGCCGUUCCCGACUGGCCGUUUUAAAUGAGAAAUUAACAACUUUGGAAAGACGUAUCGAUUAUUUGGAGGCAUGUGUUACUACCGGUGAAACUUUAACAUAGAAAAGAAUUAUAUUAAUUGUCUGUUAAAUUCUUAAACGCAUACACACAACUAUCCAAAUCGCACUUUUGUUUCGAUGAUGAUUUCAUUCGCAUGGAUUUAUAUAGUAAAUAUAAUCGUAUUUAAUAAUGUAAAGUUGAAAUAGUAUUAUUUUAAAAUGUUUUGCUAAAU